UUUUUUUGCCAGACAGUUCGUUUGUAGGCGUGGUUACAAGGAGGUGGGUGUCAACCUAUGGGCGAUAACGCGCCAAAUUUCAAAGGCGCGCUUCCUUCCUCUGAUUUCCCGCCGUGGUCCCGGUCAGAGUUGGGCUCAGCUGGUAGCGGCGGCUCGGUGGGAACCGUGACGUCACGCACUCAGUCUCCCCCGCUAUAUUGCGACUCCCAUGGGAAGUAAUUGCUAGGGGGAGAUUUGUGCAUGAAGAGUACAUCUACUGUAAUAGUGUGGGAUGCAAACUAUAUUGAGGUCUGCAGUGUUAGGUUAGGCAGCCUUAGUCGGUCUAGUUUCUGUUCUGUACAAGGGCAUUGUGUUGCUGAUAGAAUUAGGUGAGAUGGUUCUUCUGUGCGAGGUUUAGGGCUGCUAUUAAGUAUUAGUGUGCUGCACUGCGACAAAGAGCUCCACCUAAACUUAUAAAUAAAAUCUAUAUAUUUAGACUAGCAGGGACAGUAUUUCAUUGUGGGUAAGGGACUCCAUUAAGGUAGUGGGAAAAAGGUGGGUUGGUCAGAAAAUUGGCAGGCUGCCAUGGUAGGGUCAGAAGUUGUGCUUACACAGGUACAGCCCUGUUUCCAGCUUUUGCGCAUGGGCUCAAGCCCAGGACAGUCAAGCAUAAAUGCAAAUAGCACAGCGUCCAGAGAUUUGUAUACUUUCCUGCCAGACUCGCCAUGCUGCAUCUACCGACUGGGAGCCCAGCAUGAUUUAUGUGAUGUCCCCCUCCCUGGAAAACCUGCUGUCCAUGCAAAAAUACAUGCAGAGCGGGAGCUCUCAGGAGACUGGAAGGUUAACUUGGAAAGCUGCACUCACUUUGGUAUAUACAUAAAUGAUGUUCAUCUUUUGCAAGGACAGAGAAUGGAACUUUCAGAUGGUGACCUCCUCCGCUUCCAAGAAAAAUCAGAUGUUUCGCCAUGUCAGUCAUCUUCCCCUGACACGUACUUCCUUUUCCAGCGUGUUAGAGUGCGUCCAUUGGACUUUUCCGCUAUCACUUCCCCACGUGCUCGAUCCUCUUUUCCUGGUUUUACCCCAGUUUUAGCCACACAGAGACUUAGUGGAGGGCGAGGCGGGUCACCUCACUAUACUACUGGAGCCACUGUUAUUCUGAACUCCAUUGGCAGCAUUAGUAAAAUGAAGCGUGAAAGGAUGCAGGGCAUUGGGCUCAUGGGAGGAGCAGUGGAACUGACCAAACCAUCCACGCCUGAUCUUCCUUUACCCUCUCGGACUGGAGUUGAAAGGAGACACAGCCGAAGAAAAGCACAGCAUCAAGUACUUUGUGAACUAGAAGAGGAUGAAGAAGAUGGACAGGUAGAAGUAGGAGAAAUGAAGAAGAGGAAAAGAGGAAGAAGGAAAGAAGAGAGGAAAAUGGUUAAUCAUGAGCAGACUGGAAGGAAACCACGUGGACGCCCAAGGAAGCACCCCAUCCCUCCUUCUGUAGUGUCCCAGACAGUGUCCAAUGCAGAGCCUUGUGCAUGGCGUUCAUGCUGCCUUCCACAGGAAGAAACAGUCAGCUGGGUUCAAUGUGAUCACUGUGAUUCAUGGUAUCAUGUUGUGUGUAUCGGCCGAAGUCUGACCUCCCUGCAAGACACAGACUUCCACUGUGGCUGCACGUAGCCGUUGAGGGACCUAAUUUUUGCCUAUUUUCUUUUAGGAUGUAAUUUUGUGUUUUUUUUUGUUUUUUGUUUUUUUUUCUCCCCUUUCUUGCCAUACCAAUUUCUUUCUCCCUGUCUUGCAAGGUAAAAUACACCUUAGCAUUAUCUUCAGUCUAAAGUUCUUUUCUUCCCUUUUUGAAACGGUUUGAUGCAGCUAUUCAUGUAUUUGUAACUUUUCUUCAACAAAUAAUUUACCAUGUGGGACUUUUUGCAGUUGCUUGGCAUUCCUGCACUAGGUAAUGUGUAUCAGUUUAUUUUACAUCGAUACAUAUUUUUUUCUGAUUUGCUCGUUAUCUUGGCAGCUAAGUGCUAUGACUUGCUAGACAUUCUUAGUGCUGCUGCAGGUAGUGGUGCUCACAUUGGGUCAUUUCUUGUGGACAUUGAAGGAAUGAGCCCUAAAACACUUAAUUUUGUCUUGGGGCAUUUCGAGGAAAGCAUUUCUGAGAUUCAGUUAAAAGGAGGAAAAAGAUUUUUCAUAUCAUGAAAGAAAAAAGUAUAAAAAGCCUUUAUUUCAGUACUACAGCAUCCUGUUCAUAUUUGUCUCACAAGGAAAUUGCUUUUAACCAGAAAGCGUUUCAUAUCAGUCACACACUAGGGCCUUGCUGUUAACAGGUGCAAGAUCUGUUGCAACCCCUUUCCCAAGGGCAUUUCUGUUUACUAGAGCAUUAUAAUAUACCAUCUCACAAAAGUUAGUUAAAAGGUUGUAAACCCAAAGAAAAUGCUUUGCAUGAUGAAAGCGUAUGCAGCUCUAAGGAACAUUAUUAAAAAGUGAUAUGUAUUUGCAAAUGUUAUUGCUGUUUGUAGGAGUAUGUCUCAUUUUGUAUUCUCUGCACUACUGGCUGACUACAUGUACCAGUGUUGAAAUGCUUUCCUUCAGCCAAGACUCUGCUCCCAAAGUACCUUGCACCUCAACUUAAUGUACCCUGAUUUUAAGUUUUCCCUCAUUUUCUACAGUAUAUUAAUUACAACAACCAGCAGUGCAGGGUACAGCAAAGACAGACAUAGGGGCACAUUCAUCAAUGCACGAUUGAGUCUUAAUACUAAAAAUUCGGAGUUUUAGAACUGUGCCUAUUUCCUGCGACUUUUUACAUUAAUUUGCCUGACUUUUUCAUACUUUGUGCCAAUUUGUACGACAAAAUCGUAUUUGUCGCAAUGAGUACGAAACUUUUUGAAUUCAUUCAAGCUUCCUUAUCAUGGCUUUCUUUGGGCCAGGUUGGAGCUGCAGAGUGCCAUUGAGUCCUAUGGGAGGCUUCCAAAACAUGCACAGAAGUCAGUUUUUUGCACCUUUUACGAUCGUUCGGAUACGAAAAUUUUGUAACUUUCGGAUCGUACCACAAUAUUUUCGUAUGACCACGAUCCCAAAUUUUCUUACACUCGCAAUCAGAAAAUAUCGGAUUAAAUCCGAAUUUUUUGUAUCAUGCUUCUUAAUGUCUGAAAUUCGUACAAAUGUGCCCCAUUGAGUUUACACAUUUUCAGCAAUAUUUACUUUGUGUUUUAUAUUUAUAAUUGCAGUUAACUGUGAUUAACAUGCAUGUUAAGGAAAAUCAUAGCAUUGUGCAAAGUGGGGUCCUAUCUGAAGGAAAGCUGUCAUUUCAGUAUUGCCAUUGGUACAUGUAGUCAACCAGCAGUGCAAGAAUUGGCAAAUGAUACUACUUUCAACAGCGUGCAUUUACAAAAUGCAUAAACAUCACAUAAUUUAUUUUGUAUUAGGUGCUUAUGAUUACAUUUGCUUGCAAGAUGUAAUCAUAAAUGUUGUAAAUGAUAUUAUUUCCCCUUAGUUUGCUUAUUUAUAUACUGUUUUCUAGACAGGUAGUAUGCAUUUAAGUUAACAUUUUCUUUCAUUUUUGUCACUCGUCUUUAGUAAUUCUCUUUGGCACAGUACCAAAACUAAAAAAAGGGGAUGUUCAGUAAGAGAAUAGCCUGUUUACAUACAAAAUACUAUUAGUUUCCCCCCCCCCCUCCUGCUCAGGUAAGUGUCUGAUUUUAUUAUUUGGAACUUGAACUUUUCACCCUGGUAUAAGACUAAGAAGUAAGUAAUGGACAUAAGAAAACUGCUUCACCAUCAUCCUUUCCCAUAAUAUUUUUUUCCUUACGCAGCAUGAUAGCAUACAUAACUUUCAAUAUUUUUUUUUUUUUUUAGUAACGCAAAAUUUGAUUUUUCCUAAAUUGAGGGGGUGGGACAGGAGCACACUUUACAACUGAAAUUUUCCCUUUACUCUGUUCCAUGGUAUUAGUGUACUCUGUAGGCCACUGCGCCUAACACUGCAGCAAACACAGUUUGGUACUAACAACAGCAUUCAAAUUAUUUUGUAUCAUGUUUCCCAGGAUUCCAGGUUUAUUUGGAAAAGCAUGUACAGGUACGGGACCUGUUAUCCAGAAUGUUUGGGACCCGGGGUUUUCCGGAUAAGGGAUCUUCCCGUAAUUUGGAUCUCUGUAACUUGUCUGCUAAAAAUCAUUUAAAUAUUGAAUAAACCCAAUAGGCUUGUUUUGUCUCUUAGAGGGAUUAAUUAUAUCUUAGUUGGGGUCAAGUACAAGGUUCUGUUUUAUUUCAGAGAAAAAGGAAAUUAUUUUUAAAAAUUUCAAUUAUUUCCUUAUUAAUAGUCUAUGGGAGAUGGCCUUUCUGUAAUUCAGAACUUUCUGGAUAACGGAUCACAUAAGGGAUCCCGUACCGGUACCAUAAAUCUCACACUAGCUAAGCAGGGCAACUACAUAUGUUUUAUCCUAAGAAGAUAAGUUUAAAAGUUGCUGUUAGGUACGAGAGUGCUUUUACAUAACCUAUUUUCAGGCUUGUAGAUAAAGAUGGUUGCAACUUCCCUACAAUUAUAUUCUUAUAGGGUAUUUGCAGUUUUCCCAUUAACGGUGGAGAAUAUGGAGAUAUAUUUAAAGUUAAGAAACUAGCAUUCUGCACAAUGGCAAUUCUGAUAGAUUGUGUAAUUAGGUUAACACAGUUCUAUGGCUACUGUAAUGUGCCAUGAUUUUCUGAUAGCCAGUAAGUAGAGUACA